AUGAAUCCUCAAGUUUGUGUGAAUUGUCAUAAUAAGAAGCCAGUUAAUCAUACAGAUAAUCGGCUUGUGACUGAGAACUGCGGGCAUACAAAAUGUAUGGAUUGCCUUUUGCACGAGAAGUCUGGUUGUGGUGCUUGUAUUCUUGAAAAAGAAGAGUCUGUUUAUGCAAACAAGGAGCUCAGUAACGGCGACAGUGAAUCAGAAAAGAGUAAUGAGCUGGUGGUAUAUGAGAAAGACAGUAAUGAUAGUCAAGUAGAUAAUGAGAGCUCAGAGAAGAAGAAAAAGCUGGAGGUUUCUCAUAUUAAGACAGAGUCAGAUGACAAUGGGAAGUACUAUGUGUGCACAUUAUGUAAAAAGAAGUUUCAUGCCAAAAGUCAAGUGGCAUAUCAUGCAUAUUGUAAUGGACAACGGAAGCCUUUCCAAUGUCCAGAGUGUAAUAAGAGUUUUGCGACACACUCUCAUUUUAAGUACCACAUGCGUGUGCAUCGCAACGAGCGCACUUAUGCCUGUGAAGAGUGUGGAGAUAGCUUCUUCCAAAUGUCCAAACUACAGAGGCAUAAACUUAAACACACUAACGAGAAGAAGUUUGUGUGUGUUCAAUGCAACAAGCCUUUCAGCAGUCUGUCGUCGAUGCGUAAACACGAGCUCACGCACACCGAAGUUCGUCCGUUCGCAUGCGCCAUAUGCGGCCGCUGCUUCCGGGACAGCUCCAACUACAGGAAGCACGUCGCAAAACAUGACGACAAAAAGUGUAGUUGCGGGGGGGUUUGUUCGCGCUGUACUCGCGGGGGCGGUAAUACGGGGCCGGGAGCGCGAGCGCAUCAGUGCCCGCGAUGUUCGCGCGCCUUCCACUCGCGGAAGGACAUGCGCAGGCACGCGGCCGUACACACCGAUUCCAAGCCUUUCCGCUGCAAAAUAUGCAGCCGUCGAUUCCGCAGGAAAGACAACUUGGAGAGGCACAUACGAAACACGCACCCUGACUAUGUCCCCGCUAGUGCCGUAGACUGCGAUCUGCUUGCACUCAAACAGAUCUCUAACACCCACGACAGAGAGUCCAAAUCCCCCGAGCAGAACACCGACAAGACCCUACUCAAGAAACUAAACCCCCUCCCGCCUUUACCCCAAGAGGUCAUCCAAAAGCACAUAAGCCAAGAAGGCAACGAAAACAUCGAACUGAAGCACUCGAAGAAGGAAGACGCGAAGCUUAUAGACAAAUCGUACAUCCUAGAGGCUAACAACGCGCGUCAGAGCGUCAUAGUCGGCAACUGUCCUACUUUAGAAAAGAAAAUAGCGAGCCCCCAAGGCAACGAGUAUGUCCACAAGAUCAGAAAAGCUAACACGAUGGCGAGUCAGAAGAACAUACCCCUGCCUCCUAUUGACGAGAAGAAGAUGAUAGAAUUGGAACAGAAGACGAGCUUGAACAAUCUUGACUUGGGCGAGCCGCCCAAAGAUGUGGAAUUGUACAAGAAGAUUUUGUAUGGCAAGUCUAAAAUAGACGUUGAUAAUGCUCACGACGAGGAGAGGAAGGCGGAGCAGACCUCCCCGGAGAUGCACUGGAGGAGGAAAAUGAAGCUCAAUAUUAAUUGCUCGACUGCGGCGCGGGCGGCUCGGGCUCAUUUUAGAAUGAGCCGCAUUACUCGACCUCUAACGCGACCCGCGAUGAUGAUGAAAUAUUUAAGCAAUAGUUGGCCUACAUUGUGAUCUAGGGCGGAUCCAGGGCUGGGUCCAUCUGUACCCACUUCUCAAUCACUUCACAAUGUAGCCUGGCGCCCAAGCUGGAUCCGCCCUUGA